AUGGACUUUUCGGCCCUAUCUUCUUCUGGUAGGGCCAAAGAGAUACCCAGUCUGGUCGAUGAGCGUAGGGAGGAAUAUAUCGACGCUGACUCAGAUGACAAAUUAAACAAUCUCAGAGAAAUUUCGGAGCUGACAAAGGAUUAUAACCGUGGAAAACUUCGUAUGGAAGAUGCAGUUAUGUCACUUGCGCAUCUGAAUGGAGUCUCAAGAGACCAAAUUUCUCCUAUUGUGACUGACAUGUUAGCUGUAACAAUGUUGAGUGCUUCACACAGCUUGACAUAUACUUCUGUAGUGUACGUGAUGGCACCAGGUGGGAGAUCACAUCAUUCGCUCACUGGAUCUACCCCUUCCACCCGUGAUGCGGCGGAGACAGCAUCGCCGUCACAUGUUGCAUCACAGGCAUCUGAUCCAUCAAUCGUUCAUACACCGAGCACUGCAUCAUCGUCGACCAGCCGACGAGGACGUGGACCCACGCGUGGGUUAGUUUUACAGAGACUUACGCAUGAGGGUAGGGUGACAGUAGAGUUCCCACAGGACUGCCUUAGACCUGUUGGGGACAAUGCCAGGUUGUUUACAUCGGAGGUCGGUGUCUUAUGUCGAUCUCUGAUCCCUACCACCACCCCCCGUUGGGUAGACGUGACAGAUGAUGUGCGGCAGCACAUCCGUCAGCGCCUUACGGAUAAAUUUGUCUUGGAUUUGAGUGUUCCGUACAUUUCCCAUGCCGUCGACGACAUGAUCAAGGAGCGGUUUAAGGAGUACCGCAGUGAUUUACACCAGUGGUACAAGCGGUGCAGGAGCCUCGAGGAGGCCGUACUGACCGCACCGCCGCACGUGACCAUUGACGAUUGGCGGAUACUCUGUGAGAGAUUUUCGUCUGAGUCUUUUCAGGUAAUAUUUACAUAUUUACGAUAUCUUAAGGUAACAAUUAAAUUCGUAAUUAAUAAUAAUGUAUUAUGAAUAAUGUGUUCAGAAGAGAAGUAAAAUAAAUUCUGCGAAUAGGGGAAAGUUGGAAGUGAACCACAUAGCUGGUUCAAAGUUAUUUGUACAACUUCGU